AAAAUGUUCCUAAAACAUGCUGUACAGCUUAUUAUUGAAACAGCGCGACAUAAUUUGUAUUGAGUUUCCUCUAAAAUUAAUGAAGAAUAGAAAAGAAAAAAAAAAAAAACACAGUCGGUGAAAAGCGACCUCCAUCAGCUAGAUAGCAAAACGUCAUUAAAAAAGCAGCGUUUCUUUAAAAAGGACCCGCAUUAACGCCAGAAACCGAGCGAAAUACACUGCAAAAAUACACAGCUGUAGACGUUAAAAUUACCAAGGGGGUGUGUAUAGUACCUCCGGGCGGUCGGUAUUUUUGUUGUAACCGUGUUCUAAGUUUUUAAACGAUCUUUGUUGUGACAGGCAGUUGUAAAGACAGCUCUUUGAUGCAAUCAUUCAGGUCCCGAGCUGCUGUCCUGUAAGCAGCAGAGCGCCCUCUGGAGGAAUGCCGAAGAAGUUCCAGGGCGAGAACACCAAGUCCUCUGUGGCGCGGGCGCGCAAGGCAGAGGUGAAGGCAGCGGCAGACACCCGCAAGAAACAGGAGCAAGAGGAUGCCUUCUGGAAGGACGACGACAAGCAUGUCCUGAAGAAGGAGCAGAGAAAGGAUGACAAAGAGAAGAAGCGUCUGGAGGCCCUGGAGCGCAAGAAAGAAAACCAGAGGCUGCUGGAGGAGGAGUCCGUCCGGCUGAAGGGACGCCAGGGCAGUGCGGUCACCAGCACUACAGGGAGAAAGGUCACCCAGGCACAGAUUGAAGAGACGCUACAUAAGGAGCAAGAGAAGACCAGCCUGCCAGAGAAAGGUGGGAAGGCAAACAGUUACCUGGAUGGGCCCUUGGAGGAGAAUGUGAACCGCAUCAUCCCAGAGGAGGGUUCUGUGGAGGCCAGGACUAUAGAGGAUGCCAUCGCAGUACUCAGCACGGCGGAAGAGCUUGACCGACACCCCGAGCGGAGGAUGAAAGCCGCCUUCGCUGCCUUUGAGGAGGUCAACAUGCCUCGAAUCAAGCAGGAGAACCCCAACAUGCGCCUGUCUCAGCUCAAGCAGCUGCUGAAGAAAGAGUGGAUGAAGUCUCCAGAGAACCCCAUGAACCAGCGACACGCUGAAUUCAACGCUCCCAAGUAGAGAGGGUUACACUUCUCUCCCUCUCUCGCAGCACCUCCCUCUUUGCCCCAACUGAUCUCCCAUUGACUUCCCAAUCCUAACCCGGGCCUCGGCUCAAACAUCUGCUGAUAAGAGUUGGACAAAUCUCCGAGCACCCCAAAGAACCAUGGAGGGUGCACUUCCUUCUCUUCCUUCCUGCCCUACUGAGCUCUGACACCCUGCGGCGUCGCCUCUCACGCCCUCCUCAGAACCAAUCCAGCUUGUACCCCUUUACAAUCGUCUAUUUCCAAUACCUCCAGGGAGGCCUUCUGCAUCAAGAAUCUUCAUCAUUUCUGAGGCACCGCUUCUCUGCAAUGGACCCUUUUAAAAACCAACGCAGCCUAAUGUCUGCUUGUCGGUAAUCUGUAGAAAUCUACUUGGUGCGGAAUGUAGAUGCAGGAGGCUCUGCUGGUUUAAAAGGUUUCGUGGUGGAUCUCAGAAGGACUUCCGACAACUUUUUGCUAAUGUUUUUUGUUAGGGGGGGUAAUUUAUUAAAACGGUGGCUGCGUCCAUCUUAACGGAGAGCCGAGCUUAUGCCCUAUAACUAAUUGUUAACAACAAGGACUACAAUUUGUUGAAUUAGUAGUGAGUUAUGAAAUAUGUUUCAAAGCCCAUUUGAUGUACUGUACUGCCAUGGAGGUAGGCAAUCCCAAAACAACCACGAAAUUAACCACGCCUUCAACACUGAGGUCUGAAUCAAGUUUAUUUAAUCGAGGCCAGAGUUGGGUUGGGAAGGUCCUACUUUUUCAGAGAUUUGCAAUUUUCUUUUAAACUAAGAUGAGCAUUUUUUUUUUUUUUUUUUUUUUUUUUUGUAAUUAUUAUUUUUGUGUUCACUUUUGCUUAUAAUACUUUUGGCUCGAGUAACCCAGAGGAUUGUGGGCAAUGGAAAUGGAACUUGAAAUAAAGGUUUUGAGGUUUUUUUUUACCUCUUCAAAGGUC